AUGGAAAAGUAUCUUCGCUCCUGGCGUCAGGACGCGUUGAAUCGCGGCCAACAUGAUUCCGCUAUUUACAUUGGCGACAAGGUUCUUGCGCUGACCAACAGUGAUUCGGACGCCUUUUGGCUUGCGCAGGUCCACUUCUCCAACAAUAAUUUCACACGCGCAUUGGCCCUAUUAUCCCGCAAAGAUCUCGUCUCACGGAGUACCGCCUGUCGCUACCUCGCUGCCCACUGCUACAUCAAACAGAAUCACUUUGAACAGGCGCUGUCUAUUCUUGGCGAGCAUAACCCGACAGAUCUCUUUCGGAAUAAUAACAGCCGCCGAAAGAUCCAACAUCUCAAUGGCCAGAGUCAUGUCACUUUGAGGAACGGAAAGCACACUAUCCGUGCGGAGCGAGGCGAAGAUCGUGAAAGAGAGGAUACGAACAAUGUUAAGUUUGAGGCGGCUAUGUGCUACUUGCGCGGACUGUGCUUUGCAAAGCAGAAUGCGUUCGACCGGGCCCGCGACUGCUACAAGGAUGCGGUGCGAAUCGAUGUGCAAUGUUUCGAAGCAUUUGAUCAACUCAUGAAAAACUCGCUCAUGUCCCCGACGGAAGAGUUGGAUUUUCUAGAAUCUCUUGACUUUGAUGCUAUUGUUUCGCCGGAUCCCGCUGUGGCCCAAGAGGCGGCACACUUUACCAAGAUGCUUUAUACCACCCGCCUCUCCAAGUAUUCCGCACCUAACAUCCUUUCAGAUGCGACGGAAACCCUCUCUACGCACUACAACCUGGCCGAUAACCCAGAUAUCCUGUUGUCAAGGGCGGAGGCGCUCUACACGCAAUGUCGCUUUGCUGAGGCAUUGGAAUUGACCUCCUCUAUUCUUUCUACCUCCCAAUCACCUGAUUUGACGGCCACUAAUAACCCCGGGAUUCCCUCGCAUAACCACCUUGGCCACGCUCCGGCAGUUUACCCACUGCACCUGGCAUGUCUCUACGAGACCGGAGCUACCAACGCUCUCUUCCUCUUGUCCCACAUGCUGGCCGAUCAUGCCCCGGAGGAGCCAUACACCUAUUUAGCCAUCGGGGUAUACUAUUUAUCAGUGUCGAAGGUGGCGGAAGCGCGUCGUUUCUUUUCCAAGGCGUCUUUGCUUGAUCCUCAUUCUGCGCCAGCUUGGAUCGGUUUCGCCCACACGUUCGCUGCUGAGGGUGAGCAUGACCAGGCCAUCGCGGCGUAUAGUACCGCUGCACGACUCUUCCAGGGUAGUCAUUUGCCACAACUUUUCCUGGGCAUGCAGCACCUCGCUCUUAACAACAUGUCUCUGGCUCACGAAUAUCUCUGUGCAGCAUAUGCAAUGUCAACUGGGGCUACUCCUGGGAUUACCCCUGGUCUUCCUACCAAUUUGUCUGCUCCCCUUGGAGGUGACCCGCUGGUCCUCAAUGAGCUUGGAGUUGUCUUUUAUCAUCAAAAUAACCUCGGCGCAGCCGUGGAAUUGUUUCGACAAGCUCUGGGGUUGGCCGCUUCUCUCCACUGCGAACCCGGGGCAUGGGUGGCUACUCGGGCCAAUCUGGGCCAUGCGUUGCGUCGCAUGGGUCGACUGCCAGAAUCUUUGCACGAAUUUGACGAGUGUCUCCGUGUUGGAGCUGGCGGUACUAGCCUGGGCUACUCUCCUUUCUUGGGCGGGGGGGCAGGUGGCUCUGCAGCCGUUGCCACGGCCUCCGGAGUCGGGGGCUACGAGGACCGGGGGCUUGUCGGGUCUUUGCAUACUUCGCGCGGGUUACUGCUGUUGGAACUGGGUCGUACCACCGAGGCCGUCACUGCCCUUCAUGAAGCCGUUCGCGUUCUCGGGGCCAGUGGUGGCGGGGAUGCCGCCGGUGGUGCUGGCGUGGCGGGAACUCUGUUAAACCGGGCGUUGGAACUAUGGGCGCUUGAGGGCCGCGAGCGUAACCGACAAAUUCUUGAAGGUGUUGGACCGUCCACCAGCCCAGGCUCCCGCCAAUCCCGCGAAGACCACGGGCGGGAACGGACUGGGACCGACGAGAGUGUGCGGCGUCGCGCUCGCGGUGGGACACAUGCGGAGGAAUGGACGGACGAGGUGACUCAUACGGCCUCUCUCGAUACGCCCGAAGCUCUAGAGGAGGAGCGCGUGGAGAUGGACCUCGAUGAAAAGGCUGAUAGUCUGCUGGGUCGGGCGCUGGGUCGUGUUCGACCAGGGGGACGCCAGCGUCGCACGCCGCGACCUGCGACGCCGGAUGUCGACCAGGAAGUACUGGCCCGUCGAGGGAGACACCACCGGAGUCAAUCUCGACAAUGA